AUGGUCAAAGUAGAGGAGGAAGAGGAGGACAAAGCUCUUGUAGUUAAAAAAGAAGAAGAGGAGGGUGGUUUUGCAGUCAAAGAAGAAGAAGAGGAAGAAGCUAUUGGGGUUUUUAUUCUUCCUGACGGAAACUGCAACCAGUGGCCUGUCAGUGGGAAGAGUCCCUCUGUGUCAGAAGAACCACAACAACAACAACAACAACAACAACAACAACCAAAGAAACAACAACAACAGCCCCAGGAACCCCACCACUCCCCUCUGUACUGCCCCGACUGUGGGAGGAGCUUCGUCAGCCCCGGGAUACUGAACGUGCACCGCAGAAUCCACCAGAGCAGAACAAUCCACACCACCACCACCGGUGAGCCGCCUCACUACUGCCGUGACUGCGGCAAGAGCUUCGACAGCGCCCAAUACCUCAACAAGCACCGUUUGGUUCACACAGCAGAGAGGACGCACCACUGCUCCCAGUGUGGCCGGAGCUUCCUGAGACUCCAGCACCUCAAAGACCACCGGAGAACCCACAGCGGAGAGAAGCCUCACUACUGCUCCGUGUGCGGGAAGGGCUUCACCAAGGGCCGAAUGCUCCGGACACACCAACGUCUGCAUGCCGUGGAGGGGGCUGACGUCGGGGAUGGGACGGGGGAGGGUAGUGGGGUGGUGAUGUCAGCGAUGGGGCGGAAGAGAGCUCUGAGAGUUCUAGCCGGAGUGGAUUACUACCACUGCUCUGAGUGUGGGAAGAGCUUCUCCAGUUCAGCCUAUCUUAAGGUGCAUCAGAAGGCGCACACGGGAGACAAACCCCACCAGUGUGCUCAGUGUAAGAAGUCAUUCGGCACGUCAUGGGGUUUAAAGGUCCACCGGCAGACUCACUCUGGAGAGAAGCCCCACCAGUGCGCCGACUGUGGGAAGAGGUUCUCGGACCUGCGCAGCCACAAAGCCCACCAGAGCACCCACACUGGAGAGAAACCAUACACAUGCCCUGUCUGUGGAAAAGGCUUUGCCUGGCAGAAGAGCCUACAGAAACACCAGGCCACACACAGCAGCAGUGGUGGUGGAAUCAUAGAAGUACAUAUAGAAUAAUGUAUGAUAACCUGGAGGUUUUCACUCCAACCCUAAUCUAGCACCUGAUUCUAAUAACCAGCUGGUUGAUAAAAUGAAUCAGGUUAGU